ACACGCCCUGUAGUUUCUUAGCCAGUUUGAGCUGGUACUGAGGUAGAACCACAGAAGAUGUAAGCCUUCGUCAAAACGAAUGAAGAAGAUAUUUUUCUCUAACAUCGUAGAAAGAAAACACAGAUAUCAGAUGUUUUCUGCACCAAAAUGGACAGUUUUUCCUUUCUUUACAUUUGAAAGUUUGAAAGUUUGAAAGGCAAUCUGGUUAUCAGAAUGGCAGAGAAACUAAACCUUCCAGAAAAUACAGAUGACUGGACAAAAGAGGACGUUAACCAGUGGUUAGAAAGUCAUAAGAUUGACCAAAAGCACAGAGAAAUCUUGAUUGCACAGGAUGUGAGUGGAGCAAUCUUGAAAUGGUUAAAUAAAAAACAUCUUGUUGAAAUGGGUAUAACACAUGGACCAGCUAUCCAAAUAGAAGAGCUAUUCAAAGAAUUACAGAAAAAAUCCUCUGAAGAACCUAUUCAGACAUCUAAAAGGAAAAAGGGCAAUAAAAGUGUUCCAAAGAACCAGACAGAAAGUAUAGAGACUUCAAAACACAGCCAAAAGGGUACCGAGAACUCAGAUAAAGCUAAUGCCUCUACAGUGAGUCCAGAGGCUAAAGGUUCUAAGUCAGUAAAAAAUGGGCUGGUGGAAGAUGAAAAAGAGCUACAGGAAAAGCAGUCUCUAGAACCAACAUGUAUUCCAUACCCUUUUGAUGAAUUCAGUUCUCCAUAUCGUUAUAAAUUACAUUUCAUUCUACAACCUGAAACAGGACCACUCAAUCUCAUUGAUCCAGUACAUGAAUUCAAGGCCCUCACAAAUACAGAAACAGCCAAAGAAGAGGAUAUCAAGAUGAAAUUUAGCAAUGAGAUUUUCCGAUUUGCUUCAGCUUGUAUGAAUUCACGCACUAAUGGCACCAUUCAUUUUGGAGUCAAAGACAAACCCCAUGGAAAAAUUGUUGGCAUGCACGUCACCACUGUCACCAAAGAGGCCCUAAUAGACCACUUUGAUCUGAUGAUACAUCAGUAUUUUGAGGUCCAUCAGGUCCAACAAGCAAAGAAGUGCAUUCGAGAGCCAAGAUUUGUGGAAGUUUUACUGCCAAAUAGCACACCAUCUGACAGAUUUGUUAUUGAAGUAGAUGUUAUUCCACAAUAUUCUGAAUGUGGGCAUGACUACUUUCAGAUCAAAAUGCAAAAACUUGACAACAAGACAUGGCAACAAAGCUCAAAAUACUCAGUCUUUGUGCGAGAUGGACCACAAACUAAGGACAUCAUAGGAAAUAAAGCUGAGUUCAAAGCUUUUAAAUUAAAUUUAAAAACAAUGGCAGACUCUAGAAAAGAAGCAGAAGAAAAAUGCAAAGAAAAACCAAAUAAAAACAAGAGUGAGGGACGAAAGUUGAUUGAAUUGUUGACAGGGUAUCAAGAUCUAUUAGAUAAUUCAUACUAUAACUGGUACAUACUUGUAACAAAUAAAUGCCAUCCCAGUCAAAUCAAGCACUUAGAUUUCCUAAAGGAAAUUAAAUGGUUUGCUGUGUUAGAAUUUGAUCCUGAAUCUGAGAGCAAUGGCGUGGUCAAAGCUUUCAAAAGAAGCCGAGUCGCAAACCUUCACUUUCCAAGUCUAUUUGUAGAAGGAAAAACCACACUGAAUGAGAAGAUUUCUAGUCUGAAUCUUUACAAGCAACCCAGCUGGGUUUUCUGCAAUGGAAGAUUAGACCUUAACAGUGAAAAAUAUAAACCCUUAGAUCCAAUUUCCUGGCAAAGAGAAAGAGCUUCUGAAGUCAGGAGGCUGAUUUCAUUUCUUACACAUGAAGACAUAAUGCCAAGAGGGAGGUUUUUAGUGGUGUUUUUAUUACUGUCCUGUGUGGAUGACCCAAGAGAUCCCCUUAUUGAGACUUUCUGUGCUUUCUACCAAGAUCUCAAAGGAACGGAAAAUAUACUGUGUAUUUGUGUACAUUCUCACAUAUACCAGGUAUGGAAAGACCUACUUGAAGUAAGAUUAUCAAGACAGCAAGAUGAAUUAUCAAGUCAAAGUAUUUCUACUUUAAAUCUUGAAGAGAUAAAUGGCACUAUUCUUAAACUAAAAUCUUUAACUCAGUCUUCAAGGAGAUUUUUGCCAUCUGUUGGUUCAUCUACUGUUCUUUUGAAAAAGGAGGAAGAAAUCAUGACUGCAUUGGAAAUUCUCUGUGAAAACGAAUGUGAAGGUACACUCUUGGAGAAAGACAAAGAUAAAUUACUUAAAUUCAAGACAUCAAAAGAAGAAGACUUCUAUCGGGGUGGCAAAGUGUCUUGGUGGAACUUCUACUUUUCUUCUGAAAACUAUUCCUCGCCCUUUGUCAAAAGGGAUAAAUAUGCAAAACUUGAAGAAAUUAUUUUAAACUGGACAAAUUCUUCUAAACCAGUAUGUGCCAAAAUCAUUCAUCUGUAUCAUCAUCCAGGUUGUGGAGGGACUACUCUGGCCAUGCACAUUCUCUGGGAGUUAAGAAAAAAGUUCAGAUGUGCUGUGCUGAAAAAUAAGACAGAGGAUUUUUCAGAAAUUGGAGAACAGGUGACGAAUUUAAUCACCUAUGGAGCAGCAAACCAUCAGGAAUACUUGCCCGUUCUGCUACUUGUGGAUGAUUUUGAAGAACAAGAUAAUGUCUAUCUUCUGCAGACCUCCAUUCAAACAGCUGUAGCUAAUAAAUACAUUCAAUAUGAGAAGCCACUAGUGAUCAUCCUAAAUUGCACAAGAUCACAAAAUCCUGAAAAAAGUGCAAAGAUCCCAGACAGUGUUGCUCUAGUACAGCAGCUGUCCCCUAAAGAACAGAGAGCUUUUGAGCUUAAAUUGAAAGAAAUCAAAGAACAACACAAAAACUUUGAAGACUUUUAUUCCUUUAUGAUCAUGAAAACCAACUUUAAUGAAGAGUACAUAGAAAAUGUGGUCAGGAACAUUCUGAAAGGGCAAAAUAUCACCACCAAAGAAGCAAAGCUCUUUUCUUUUCUGGCUCUUCUGAAUUCAUAUGUGCCUGACACUACCAUUUCCCUCUCACAGUGUGAGAAGUUCCUAGGAAUCUCAAACAAGAAGGCUUUCUGGGGAACAGAAAAAUUUGAAGACAAGAUGGGUACCUACUCUACAAUUCUAAUAAAAACAGAGGUGGUUGAAUGUGGGACCUACUCUGGAGUGCGCAUCAUUCACCCUUUGAUUGCAAUUCUCUCACUGGAAGAACUGAAGAAAAGCUAUAACUUGGAUAAAAGUCAAAUUAUGCUGGGUAUGCUAACAGAAACUUUGUUCUAUGAUACUGGUAUGGGAAAAAGCAAAUUUUUCCAAGAUAUUCAAACACUGCUGCUUAUAAGACAGAGAAAUGAACAUGAAGGUGAGAAAGGAAACUGGUUCUCCCCAUUCAUUGAAGCUUUACAUAAAGAUGAAGGAAAUGAUGCAGUCAAAGCUGUACUGCUUGAGGCUAUUCAUCAGUUCAACCGCAACGCAUUCAUUUGCCAAGCCUUGGCGAGACAUUUCUACCUUAAAGAAAAGGACUUUAACAAUGCUCUAAUUUGGGCAAAACAAGCUAGGCAGAUAGAGCCUGAUAAUUCUUAUAUAUCAGAUACACUGGGACAAGUCUACAAAAGUAAAAUAAGAUGGUGGAUAGAUGACAAUGCAAGAAACAGAACGAUUUCGGUUGAUGACCUAACUGAUCUUUUGAAUUCAGCAGUACAUGCUGCAAAAGCAUUCAAAGAAUCUCAGCAGCAAACUGAAGAUAGAGAAUAUGAAGGAAAGGAAUGGCUGAAUCAGAAGUCAAAAAGGAGGUACGAUACUUACAACAUAGCUGGCUAUCAAGGGGAGAUAGAAGUCGGGCUCUACACAAUCCAGAUUCUCCAACUCAUUCCUUUUUUUGACAAUAAAAAUGAACUAUCAAAACGAGAUAUGGUCAAUUUCAUAUCAGGAAGUUGUGAUAUUCCAGGGAAUACAAACAAAUUUAAUUUAGUCCUCAAGAAUUUUAUUCCUUAUUUAACUAAACUGCAGUCUUGCUUGAAAGAGUGCUUUGAUUUUUUUGAUGAUUACUUUGUCCUUCUAAAACCCAGGAACAACAUAAAACAAUAUGAAGAAGCCAAAAGUCGGAGAAAGGUGGCUGGAUACUUUAAGAAAUAUGUAGAAAUAUUUGGUCCCUUAGAAAAAUCAAAAAGUCUGAAUCUUGAAUCAAAGCUCAGUCAGCCACUUCUGGUAGAGGGGAUACGGAGAAGCCUUGAAGCUAUGAAAGCAGACAAGUUUUCUGGGCUCUUAGAAUAUCUUAUCAGAAGUCAAGAAGAUGCUGUGGGCCCCAUGGAAGAUAUAGUAGACAAAUACACUUUCCUGUCUGAGCAAAACACUGUCAAAAUUCAGCAAAAGGAAAAGCAAAAUUUCAUCUUAGCUAACAUCAUCCUCUCUUGUAUUAAACCUACCUCCAGAUUAGUGAAGCCAAUGAAAAAACUGAAAGAUCAGCUUCGAGAAAUCUUGCAAUCAGUGGGACUGACUUACCAGUUUUCAGAACCUUAUUUCCUAGCUUCUCUCUUAUUCUGGCCAGAAAACCAACAACUAGAUCAAGAUUCUAAGCAAAUGGAAAAGUAUGUUCGAGCAUUGGAAAAUUCUUUCAGGAGGCAAUAUAAACGCAUGUAUCGUACAAAGCAGCCAAUUGCAUAUUUCUUUCUUGGAAAAGGUAAUAGGAACAGACUUGUUCACAAAGGAAAAAUUGAUCAACAUUUUGAAAGGGUAUCUGAUAUUAAUUCUUGGUGGCAUAGUGGGAAAGUGUGGGAAGAGCCAAUAGUCCCAGAACUUCUGGCUCGUUUACAGGGACGAGCUGAAAAUAAUUAUUUAUAUGCAGAAUAUGGAAUCAAUGAAAAAAUCACAAUACCCAUCACACCCACUCACUUCGGUCAACUUAGAAGUGGAAGAAGCAUAGAAAAGGUGUCUUUUUAUCUAGGAUUUUCCAUUGGAGGCCCACUUGCUUAUGACAUUAAAAUUGUUUAAGAGCUGAGCUUCUCCAUCUAGAAAUAUUGUCCCAGUAUCACUUUGUUUAGUAAACUUAUAGAUACAGACUUAGUCUUUCAAUUCUAUAAAAGCACAUUUAAUUGUUUAAUUUCUUCUUAUAAUAAGCAUAAUAUGAGUCCUAUAGGAAUUAGGAUAAAGAAGGGAGGAGAGAUCUAGAAAACUACAAAAUUUCUUCCUUGAUAACACCACCAUGGACAAAAUAUAAGGAGCUUCGAACAGAAUUAGGAAAGAUGCACAAAAUCAGCCACACAGAAUCCUACCACUCACCCUCAGUUACCCUGACAAGGCACAGACUAACGACAGUUCUCUCCUUCUUCUCAUGUGAAAGUUUUUAUAAUAGAAAAAAUAGUUUGGGUUACAGGUCUAUAUGAGGAAAAAGGAACUCAAAUAUGGAAACAACAGGUAUUCUGACCAAAAAGACUGUAAAUAUGUCAUAUGUUUGACCCUCUGGAGUUUUCCAAAACAGAGGACCAAGCAAUUCUUCAAAGGUCAGCAUAUCUUACCAAAGUAGCUGGAGAGUUAGAAUGCCUCUUCAUACAUUGGAGACAGCUAAGAAUGUGUGAAAUUUAUCUCUAUAGUGAAUGAGAUUACAACCCUCCCCCUCCAAACAGACAAAUAGAAAAUACACCAAACCCCAAAGGCUGUUCAAUUUUAAAAGACUUGUCAAAAAUCUUAGGAAUCCUCCAACCAGGGAAUUCCAGCAUACUGGCAAAAUGUCCACAUAACUCAUGCAUUGUACAAACACAACUGGUAAAAAGUAAUCGCCCUAGUGAUUACGUCUAGUAAAAUCAUUGAUGUCAUCAAUUGCUACCAAAACUAUUCAUUGGGAAGCUGAUUUAAAGAAACACAUUUUCAACAGACAAAUCAGAUGGUCCUAAAUCAUGAUCAGUAUAAACAUCACAAAGAACCUAAUAUUAUGGGGCUGGUGUAUUAUAGAAGUACCUGCACUACCCAUGAGAUAUUCUUGCCAAAUAAAGUCAAUUUUGAUCCAGCCUUUGGAGCUUACCACUUUAAAGAAACACAAAAACUCAAGGAUCCUGUAAACACUAGCACAAAGAAGCAAUUGGCAAUAUCCAGCAUACAGAAAAUCACAGCUCAAACAACCUGUUCUCUCAACCAAAAAGGAAAGAAGUAAAAGAAAGGAAUUGUAAAAGAUCAAAAAGAAAGGGGGAAUCUAAAAAUUAUAGAAGAUUUGGAGAGUGGCCAACUAAAUGCAACACAUAGACUUUGGGUUCUGAUAUGAACAAAUCUAAAAUAAAUUACUAUGCCAUCAAAUGUAUGAACACAGGCUACAAAUUUGAGGGUAUUAGAAUAUUACUGAUGAUUUGUUAGGUGAGAUAAUGAUACUAUAAUUAUGUUUUACAUAAUUUUUGCUAUUUCAGAGAUGUGUUAUCAAGUAUUUGUGAAUAAGUCAUAGGAUCUAGGAUUUGCUGUAAAGUAGUUCAAUGUGAGAGGCAUGAGGGGUAGUGGAGAAAAAGCAAGGCUUGUAUGGAUAUGUUUUCAAAAAAUGUUUUAAAAAACCACUGCAAAAUAAAAUCAAACCAAAACAUGUAA